GCCGCAGACCCCGGCGGAUGCCCCGCUGCCGCUGCCGCGCGCUCGCGCUAACCUUACAAUCAACGAAUAUUAUAUUUAUCAUUCCGCGCUUACACAACCCACUCACUCCACGUCUCUCCACUAGUGACUAGUCGACCAAAUGGAAUAAAAGAGUUGUAUCCGCGAUACUCGUCUGCACAUUCUUGGUGCAAUUUUAACCGUGGCUAAACAUACUUUUAGUAAACAUAUAAAUAUGCGGGUAAAUCCCUAAAUUAACAUCUUUGGAUUAUUAGAAUGUGUGAAAAAUAUUAUCAUAAUUUUAUGAAAGUGCGGAUCUAUCCAUAAUUAUAAUUUGCAAGGGGAACUUUCGCUCCCGGUCUACAAAGCGAUGAGAUAGUUGCGAGUAGUCUCACAAGGAUUAGAGUGUCGUCAGUGAGAUUAGUUAGACCGGAGGAAGCAGAGGAGUCGGCGAGAUGUCGGUGACGACCACGACGACGCUGAGCGCGCGGCGCGGCGCCGGCCCCGAGCCGCGCCUCAACGGCCUGCUCAAGCACCCGCAGCCGCCCGCACCCACAGACCUUCCCACGUUGGUUUCGGCGGCGCCGUUCAGCACGGACCCGAUAGCUGUGGCGGAGCGCGCGCGCUGCACGUACGGGCGCGUGUCGCGCGCGGCGGCGGCGGCGGGCACGGCGGGCCGCCGCGUGCGCGUCUACUCCGACGGCAUCUACGACAUGUUCCACCAGGGACACGCGCGCCAGCUGCAGCAGGCCAAGGCUGCCUUCCCCAAUGUGUACCUGAUCGUCGGAGUGUGCAACGACCAGCUGACGCACAGCCGCAAGGGCCGCACGGUCAUGACGGAGGACGAGCGCUACGAGGCCGUCCGCCACUGCCGCUACGUCGACGAGAUAGUGCGGGACGCGCCGUGGGAGUACGACGAGGCGUUCCUAGAGAAGCACAAGAUCGACUUCGUGGCGCACGACGACAUCCCCUACACCACCGAGGACUGCGACGACACCUACGCCUGGAUUAAGGCCAAGGACAUGUUCGUCGCCACCGAGCGCACCGAAGGCGUGUCGACGUCGGACAUCGUGGCGCGGAUCGUGCGCGACUACGACAUCUACGUGCGGCGCAACCUGGCGCGCGGCUACUCCGCCAAGGAGCUCAACGUCUCCUUCCUCAACGAGAAGAAGUUCCGCCUGCAGAACAAGAUGGACGAGCUCAAGGACAAGGGCAAGAAGGUGAUGACGAAUAUCGGCGAGAAGCGCGUUGACAUCCUAACGAAGUGGGAGGAGAAAUCUCGUGAGCUGAUCGACACAUUCCUACUGUUGUUCGGGCCGGACGGGCGGCUGUCGAGCAUCUGGAACGAGUCGAAGGGGCGCCUCAUGCAGGCGCUGAGCCAGCCGCCGUCGCCGCGCGCGUCGCCGCCGCCCAGCGAGAACGGCGACGACUCGCAGGACCGCGCGCUCGCGCUCGCGCUCGCCGGCGAACACGCGCCCGCGCCCGCGCUCGCCAGGGCUCUGGCGCACGCGCGCAUGCACAGAAGCUCAGCAUCGCCACCGCCACCCAAGUCGCGCCGCUUCGAGACGCUGAGGGAGCCGCAAGCAGAUGCGUCGAGCUCUGAAGGGCUGGGGGCGGAAGCGGCCGCACUGCGCCAGCUGACGGACGACGGCUCGGACAGCGACGACGACUACCACGACACCAGCGCCUACCUCUAGGCUCACACACACACACACACACUCCGGC